GGUGAGUGGAGACUGCAUACACCCGCCGUAUUCACGAUUGCCUUGUCCACUCACUGGUGACUCUGCGUACGUGACUCCACCAUUCCCCUCUCGUCUCGUCUUGAAGUCCACCUUUCGGAGUUUUGAGGGAGCGACUGCUGCGAACAGCAGCACUCUCAGCGUUACCUCUUCGCACAAAGUGCAUGCUUCCGGUCACCCACACAGCCUGCGAUCGUCACCACUUCUGGCUCCUUGCGCUACCUUUCCAGCUCUCACUCUAGGUUUCAGGAGCUCCACAUUCCUGAACCAAGAUGGAUGGGGAUGAUGCGUUCACGUCCGUGACGUGGGACCGCAGCGAUGAUGCUGCCUUCAAUCAAGCGGGCUCCAGUCUUCCUGGCUCAAGCGGUGGAGGCAAAUUCACCACUUCGGAAGAUGUCUCCUUCGGCUCCAGCCUUGGCCCAGCCGGUCCGGCAACCCCCGGCAUCGACGGCAUCACACGACACGCGCUUGCACCUCUCGCGCGAGGCGCCUCCGAGGGCGACGGAGAAAGACCCAAAUGGCAAGGUUCCUUGCUGGUGCAGGUGUGUGAACCUAGAAGGGAGAAUGAAGGCACCAAGGAAGCAUUCAUCAGCUACGGCAUCAGAGCAGAGACGAAUCUGUCACAUUUCACCCGGACGCGACUGACCACACGCAGGAGAUUUCAAGAUUUCGUCUUCUUGAGGGACAACCUCAAGCGGGAUUUUCCGGCCUGUCUAGUGCCACCCUUGCCUGACAAGCAUCGUCUUGAGUAUCUCACUGGCGAUCGCUUCAGCGUCGAGUUUAUCGAGCGCAGGCAGGCAGACCUUCAACUCUUCCUGGAGCGCACCUGUCGACACCCAACAUUGCAGCGCGCACAGCUUCUCCGGACCUUCUUGGAAUCUACGGAAUGGCACGUGGACAUGCACACGCAUGUCAGCUCGACGCAUGGCAGACAGUCGAAUGAGAAUCAUUACUCUGGACCAGGCGGUGGACAACCAGGAGGCCUCUUGGACGGCUUGACGGACACCCUGCUCAAUGCAUUCACCAAGGUUCGAAAGCCAGAUGAGAAAUAUGAAGCCAUGAAGGACAAGCUGGAGAGGCUUGAAGAGGGGCUAGCUAGCACCGAAAGGGUCGUCACGAGGGCCAGGGCGAGACAUGGCGGACCGCCCUCCCUUACUCCCCAUGAAACCAAAACGCCUACAUUUGCCUCACGUUUCGGGCUCGGCGUUUCGUGGGAUCCCUCAUCUUCCUCUCGGUCGCCCGCGUCCUCUCGCACACGGCCUUCCAAACUGGCUCCAAUAUCCACCGCGUCGCCAAUUGCUUCCAAAUCGACGCUCAAAUCUCCCCUGUCGUCCCCUGCACUCUACUCGCCAAAUCUUGGCGUUGAUUCUGAAGACCUCGCCACGGACUACGAAGACCUUGCUGGCGCGAUCGAAGGUCUCGGCUACUUGGAGAGCGGCAUCACAGACCCUCUAAAUCGCUUCGCUGCAGCCAACAUGGAAUGGUCUAGAAUGCAAAAGCAGCUCGCUUCUCGGUCAACUGACGACUUGCUGUCCUCGGUACACGCUUUGUUGGCGUACGCGUCGUCUCAUCGCAAUCUCCUUCGACUCAGAGAUCAGAAGCAGCUGGACUUUGAAGAGCUUACGGAUUACCUCUCGGGCGUGGUGACAGAGAGGGAUCGCCUGGCAUCCUUGAGCAGCCCGCACGGUGCAGGACACGGGCAUGGUGGGGUUCGCGGACCAGGCAUUGGAGGCUACUUACGCGACAGAUUCGACAGCGUGAGGGGCGUGGACGAGGAAAGGACGCGUGUGCAAAGGAUGCAGAGGCUGGAUGGUCGUAUCAACGAACUGCAAGAGGCAGUGACCACCUCGCACGAUGUCAGCGUCGCCUUCUCUCAGCAGGUGGCCAGAGAACAUACGGUCUUCACAAUGGCCAAGGAGUACGAGAUGAAGGAGCUACUGGGAGAUUUUGUGGACGGUCAGAUUGACAUGUGGAAGAGAGGAGAAAAGCUGUGGGAUGAGCUGCUGGAUAAGUGGCCAGAGGUCGAUGCCUAGAAAGCGUCUGGACGCGCUCUCUGCUGGCAUGUCUGUGAGACUACUUGACCUAUCAGGCGCAGGCACAAAUUCAUGAUGGAUUCGCCAUG